AUCAGCACUUACCUGUUCAAGUAAACUCCGCCCACAAAGACGCCACUGUAUUUGAAGGAGUGACUGACUGGAUUCUUGUCUUGAGCGCACAGUAGUUUCAACCAAAACAAAGCCACAACAGUAGCAGGAGCAUCCAACUCAUUUUUCUUCAAAGAUGUUUCUGCAUGUUCUCCUGUGCUCUGUUGGGGUCGUGCAGAGUUACCGAGAUGGACUUAACAGCCCAGCUUGUGAAUCUUUGACGCCUGAUCUUCGGUCUGACAGCCCUCAGUCCGGGACUGCUCCGUUCACCGUCACUGCUGACAAGACCACCUUUAAAGAGGGAGAUCAGAUCACAGUAUCGCUAAACAACCAAUCGGCAGAUCAGUUUAAAGAGUUUCUGUUACAAGCACAUCAAGUCGGAUCAGCUACUUCCAUCGGCACUUUUGCUGUGACGGACAGUAGUGUGCAGCUUCUUUCCUGCAACGGAUCGGCUAAUAGUGCCGUCUCUCACACAUCAAACCACGAUAAAAGUUCAGUUGAAGCUAAAUGGACAGCCCCUGUUUCUGGACAGCUCGGUGAUAUAGAAUUCAGAGCGACGUUUGUAUCAAAUGUCACUGCUUUUUGGGUUGGUGUCAAGAGCUCUGCUGUGGCGUAUGCACCGACUGCUUCGACAAAUCCUGAUUGUGGCAAAACCAAAGUCUGUUUCAGUGAGCCCAGCGGCUGUGACCCAGCCGUCGGCACCGGCUGCUACUUCAUGGCAGUAGAAGCAUCAUCUAACCAAUCAGAAAUGAGGAUCGAAAUGUUUGGGCAAGCCGAGGGAUACGUUGCUGUUGGGUUUUCAGAUGACCAAAACAUGGGCAAUGACGACAUCUACAUCUGUGGUAAGGACAGCAGCGGCAACCUGCAAGUGCAACACGCUAUUUCCACGGGAAAAACCUCUCCAACUAUUCUCUCACUGGGGAAUGUGACUAAUAUCAAGACAGCGCUAAUGAAUGGAAAUAAGAUCAAUUGUUCUUUUACUUCCCGUAAUGCCAUUAGCACGGGAAGUAGAGCGUCGUCUACCAGCGAGUACUACCUCAUGAUCGCUGCCGGACCCUCCAACACUCAAGGUAUCCAGAUCCACACAAACAAAUAUGUGAGUAGUACCAAGGCUAGUUUACUGAAUCCAAGCCAGGCCGUUACAAGUACUGAAGAAUUCCCAGCGAUUGUUAAAGCACACGGUUGCCUGAUGUUAAUCUCCUGGAUGACCACGGGCAGUAUAGGGAUGCUCAUAGCACGCUAUUUAAAGGGAGUUGCCGAGGACCACGGUUGCUGUGGUAAAGAUUUCUGGUAUUUGGCCCACGUGUCUCUGAUGACUCUGUCAGUCAUUGCCACGGCCAUCGCAUUCAUACUGGUGUUUUCUCACGCUAAGGAUUGGUGUGGGGGGGCUCAUCCGGUUCUGGGCUGUUUGGUGAUGAUCCUGAGUCUUAUUCAGCCCAUAGUUGCUGCUUGUCGCUGUGAGCCGGAUCACGAACGGAGGUUUGUUUUUAACUGGGCCCAUUCCUUCAUUGCUUUAGCGAUCAAAGGCCUCGCAGUUGCUGCAAUCUUCACUGGUCUGGCACUGUUUGAGGAAUAUGUGGAGGAUGGGUGGAUGCUGAAAGUUAUGGGAGGUUUUAUCACCUGGGAGGCCCUGAUAUACAUUCUUCAAGAUCUUAACCUGCGUGCCAAGAAAAACGAUUCUGAGUUUUGCAGUUUUGGAUUGGUGAGACCUGAAACAGUCCUGCUUAUCCUGUAUUUAUUGGGAAAUCUGGCCUUCUUAACAGCUCUUCUUGUUGGAAUAGGAAGAACUUGAAUAACCCCAAUAUUUUACAGCCUUCAUCACUGGUUUUGAGGCCACUUUUUGGCUCUUUUGCUGUAUGAGUAUGUAUAUAGGUAUUUGUUAUAUUUUUCUAAGUAACUCGGUGUUCACUUGGAGCUUCAUAUAAGAAUCACUACAUUUUUGUUUUGUUAAUAAUGCAUUCUUUUCAAUUAGAGAUCAACCACUGUGCUGUUCUUGCAAUUGCUGUAUAAGGUGCUCAUUACAAUUAUCUUUGGAUUUAAUAAGUGAUCCAUAUUUCAUUUUAUGUUAAACUUCUUAACAUAACAUAACUGCAGUUUGCUAUUAGGGGACUAAUGCAAUUGUGUUACUCAUUAUGUAUGUAUUGUAUGUAACCGUAUGUUACUCAUCAUGAUGGAAAACGAUAGGAUUUAAUCACAGAAGCCAGGAAAUAAGUUAUUCAUUUUAUUUGAUAUAAUUUAUAUACAUAUUGGAACUUAACUGAACAAGUCAACAGCACUCAACCACUAGAUGGCAGUGUCAUGAAAGGUUUAUUAUGCAACUAUAUUUUUAUUGUACAUUUUCAGGCUAUUUAAGGGAUGUGAGCAAUUCUUCGUCUUAAAUUUAUCCAUACAUUUUAUAGUUUAAUAAAUAGACCUUUUUGGAUUAUGAAUCGAUGAAUUUUAUUUUGUCUAGCCUACAGAUAAACUAAAUGGCUGAACUAGUUAAACUGGACUAAUGCAUUGGUAUUAAGUAUGAU